AUGGAAGAACAGGUAGCAAAUGCCAUUGAGAUCGCCUGGAAUCCGUCCUCCGACCAAGCCCUGAAGUCGCAAGCCUUCGACUAUCUUAACCAACUCCGCUCCGAUCCCUCCGGGUGGCAGGUCUGCCUCAGCCUCUUCAUCAAGUCUCCACCACAGCCCGAGAUCGUGCGACAUGCAAGCUUAGAGAUCGUCAACAGCGCAGCCCAGGCGGGCUUGAUUCAUUUGGGCUCGCUGGUCGUCGUCAAGGAUGGACUGCUCUCGUACCUUCGGCAGGUGUACGGACCUGAUGCUACCGGUGUCCCCGAUGCCCCCUACAUCCAAAACAAAAUUGCGCAGACCGUUACUUUCCUCUUCUCCGCUCUUUACGCCAAUGGUUGGGAAACCUGCUUCGAUGAUCUCCUAGGCCUCACCUACAAGUCCUCCACCAGCACGACUCGUGACAACCCGCUCGGAAUUGUUUUUUACCUGCGUGUGGUGAACUCGAUCCACGAGGAGAUUGGCGAUGUGCUCGUCUCGCGGUCGCGGGGUGAGCAGGACAAGGCGAACAAUCUGAAGGAUCUGAUUCGGGAGCGGGACAUGCAGAAGAUUGCCAGCUCUUGGCAAGAGAUUCUUUCCGCGUGGCAGGAUGGUGAAGAUGUGGUGGUUGCCAUGUGUCUGAAGGCUGUCGGUAGCUGGGUUAGCUGGAUCGAUAUUGGUCUUGUUGUGAACCAGACCAUGUUGGACUUGCUCUUCCAGCUGCUCGGUCGGGCCAAGAAACAGGAGCUGCGUGAUGGAGAACGGCGGGUGCGCGAUGCGGCUGUUGAUGUUUUCACAGAGAUUAUCGGCAAGAAGAUGAAGCCUGCGGACAAGAUCGAAAUGAUUGAUUUCUUGAAGCUUAACCUGAUUGUUACCGAGUUGUCGAACAGCCCGCCCCUUCACCAGAACCGAUCAACGCCCGACUACGAUACGGACUUGGCAGAGACCGUGGCCAAGCUUGUGAAUAUCACUGUUCUGGAUAUUGUGCGGGUGCUGGAGUCCGAUACCGGCCCUGUCAAGGAGAAAGCCGAGACUCUUCUGCAAGAAUUCGUUCCCCACAUGCUGCGCUACUUCUCCGACGAGUAUGACGAAGUGUGCUCGACGGUUGUCGCUUGUGUGAACGACAUGCUUCAAUACAUCCGCAAGCUCAACAAGUCAAACCCAUCCUACUACGAACCCGUAAACGCUGAGCUUCUGCGCGGUUUCUUGACGGCGAUCAUCGCGAAGACACGCUAUGAUGAGACCUCGGACUGGGGCAAUGAAGACGAGCAAACAGAUGAAGCCGAGUUCCUGGAGCUUCGUAAAGGAUUGGGCGUACUGCAGCAUGUCAUUGCCAACUCCCACGAGGAGCUUUAUAUCAGUGUCAUUUCGCAGUCGGUCGAAAAUACGUUCUCAAGUGUGCGUGCUACACAGGGUCAAAUCGAUUGGCGCGACUUGGAACUCGCUCUGCAUGAGAUGUUCCUGUUUGGCGAUCUGGCCGUCAAGGGUGGUGGUAUCUAUCACAAGAAUGCCCCUGCAGGUCCUGCCGCAGUCAAGCUUAUUGACAUGAUGAACCGUAUGAUGGAGUGUGAUAUCCAGUUCUUCACACACCCUGCCACCCAACUUCAGUACAUGGAGAUCUGCGUCCGCUACAGCAUUUUCUUCCAGCACCACCAGCACCUUAUCCCCGUUGUCCUUGAUAGUUUCCUUAAGCUCGUCCACCACCCUAACCGGAAGGUCAAGACCCGUUCUUGGUACCUGUUCCAGCGACUGGUGAAGCAGUUGCGAGCACUCAUCGGCAAUGUCGCUCAGACUGUCGUUGAGGCUCUGCUCAAGCUCCUCGUGAUCAAGGCCGAGCUUCCUUCAGAAGGCGAUGAUGGCGAUGGAAUGUCUUCGGAAGACCAUGAGAGCUCUGCCGAUGCCAUUUUCAACAGCCAGCUGUAUCUCUUUGAAGCUGUCGGCAUCAUUUGCUCCACCCAUGGAGUCCCUGCCGAUAAACAGGUUCUCUACGCGCAAACAGUGUUGCAGCCUAUUUUUACCGAUAUGGAGCAGGCCAUCCAAGUGGCCAAGACCAACGACGAGCGAGCCAUCCUGCAGAUCCACCACGACAUCAUGGCUUUGGGUACUUUCGCCCGUGGAUUUUCCGACUGGACCCCUGGCAGCCACACUACGGCGAACUUGCCUGCCCCCGAGGUCUCCGAGGCCUUUUCUCAAGUUGCUGAAGCGACUUUGGUUGCACUCGAGUCUCUCAAGGGCUCUUUCAACGUUCGCACUGCUUCUCGGUUCGCGUUCUCGCGCUUCAUUGGCGUUCAGGGCGCACGCAUUCUGCCUCAGUUGCCCCGCUGGAUUGAUGGGCUUAUGACUGAGACUUCGUCGCGGGAUGAAAUGGCCCUGUUCCUGCGUCUUUUGGACCAGGUGAUUUUCGGCUUUAAGAGUGAAAUUUACAGCAUUCUUGAUACUCUCCUGACCCCCUUCCUCCAGCGUGUGUUUGCUGGAAUCGCCGAGCCGACAACGGGUACCGACGAUGAGAUUCAGCUUGCAGAGCUCAAGCGUGAAUAUUUGAACUUCUUGCUGGCAGUUCUGAACAACGAUCUCGGAGCUGUGAUCAUUAGCGAGAGAAACCAAACUCUCUUCGAAACCGUCGUUACCAGCCUCGAGCAUUUUGCCAAGGACAUUGAAGACUACACCACCGCCAAGAUGGCAUUCUCGGUGUUGUCCAAAAUGGGUCUUUCUUGGGGAGGACCCGACAUUGCUCCAGCUGCAGCCAACGGAACCGCCCCUAACCGGGCCGCACUCCCCGGCUUCGGCGGCUUCAUGAUCACCCGCUUCUCGCCCCUGUGCUGGGCACUCCCCGCCAACCCAUCCUUCAACUCGAAAGACGCUCAGGCGAAGCAGGUUCUUGCCGAAGCUGGCACCCUGCAACGCACUAUCUACCAGAAGACGGGUAUGGAAUAUGCCGACUACCUCCGGAACAACGAGCUGCCUGGCAUGGGCAUGGGCUCCGACCUCAUCGAGGAAUUCCUGACGGCAUUGACCCAGCUGGACCUGAGGAAUUUCCGGCAGUUCUUCCCGUCUUUCAUUCAGCGUCUGAGCGGCUGA